AGCAAAGAACAAAAAACAGAAGCAGAAACAACUUGAAGACUAUAUAGGAACAGCAAAAAUCAAAUUAUAUUGGAAUGGGGUAGUCUGCCAUAUAAAUAUCACCUCUCUUCUGGAGUAAGAUUUAACCCUGAGUGCUAAAAGAAGUUGGGGGACACAGAGCAAAGAAGCGGUUGUUUGAUUAAGGGAUUGAUCAUCCAUCGAUGGGUGGCAGUGGAAACUUCGAGUUCGCACUUCAAUUUUGGAAGAACCCUGACGGAAUGAAAUGGUGGAUAUGUAUUUAAAUGAUUUAUAUUGUGGGUUUUCGUCCGAUUCGAGGUCACGCGCUUAGUCAGUCUUCCACAGACAACCAGGAAAGCGCAUCUCUUCUUAUCAAUGGAGGUGGCCUCCUUUCUCUUGGUCUGCUUGCAUUAUUCGGAAGCUGUGGCCUUGCCUUCAUUCUUCCAUCUCUCUGUAGCUGUGACUGGUUAUUACCGUGGGUUUCUGGGUUCUUCCCUUUUCCUCCAAAUGGCGCCUUCCUCUGUUGCUUCUACUCUCUGUACAUGGCUUGUCGCUGCUUGCAUGUUGGUUGCUUGUGAAAAGAGCAUUACUUCAAGCUUUCUGCUUUACAGUCUCCGAGGGAUCCCUUCCGAGGGGAGAGGGACAGGGAGGCCAGAGGGGGUGGGGAAGUGGGACGGAGACGAGACUGGAAAGAAUGGGAGAUGUAGAGGAGAAGAAUGCUGAGAGGAAGGACAUCUCAGAAGCAAGAAUUUUUUGGGUUUUAGAGUUCCUUUUCAUAAUCAAGCUAGUGUCAUGCAUCUAUUCUUAAAGCUCUUCACAACAUCUCAGAAGCAGUGUUUUUUGGGUUUCGUUGCUCGUCUUUUCUCUAAUCAGGGGUGAAAAUUCAUCAAUGGAUUUGCAUGGACAAGUACUAGCUGCCUUUGGGCAACCAAUAGUAGCCAUUGGGCAAUGUUUUUGGGUCCUGCUGAGAUCUCAAAUCAGCUAUGUCAAAAAUCUUGAAAAAAAUUUAAAGAAGCUGGAUGGGAAAGCGAAAGAUCUCUAUUACAAAAGGGAGGAUGUAAACAUAGAGAUAAACAGAGAUACCAUAUAAAAAAUGCCGACAGAAGAAUGUCAAGCUUGGCUUCAGAAGGUGGGAGAGAUGGAAAGUAAAUGCAAUGCCAUAGAUGCAGAGUGCCAAGAAAGUAAGCGUUGCAUUGGUGGAUUGUGCCUCGACAUUUGGUGGCGAAAGAAAAUGGGUAAGAAGAUUGUGAAAAUGAUAGAUGACAUUGUUAAUCUCAAGGACGACUCAAUGUUUUUAGGAAGUUAUGUGGUUGAGGUAUCUCCACAGUCUGUUGAACCAAUUCCUACACCAUCUUAAGAAGGCAGUAAUACAUCAAUUAAUUGUAUUGUCCAGAAGAUAUUAAGAUGCAUAAGGGAUGAUGAUAAGCAGAAAAUUGGCAUAUGGGGUAUGGGUGGAGUUGGAAAGACAACUACUAUGAAGGUCCUACACAAUUCACCCGAAAUUAUAGGUUUGUUCCAAAUGGUUAUUUGGAUAACAAUGUCCAAAGAUGGAGAUAUAAGAAAGGUACAAAAGGAUAUUCUAAAGCGUCUGUCAUUGGAGUUUGAUGAUGAUGAGUCUGUUGAAAGAACCUCCAGUAGAAUUUUUCAGGGAUUCAGCAAUAUGAAGUAUUUGCUGCUUCUAGAUGACUUGUGGCAAAGAAUGGAUUUGGAUAUUAUAGGAAUCCCCAAACCAAGCAAGGAAAAUGGCUGUAAAAUGGUAAUAACAACUCGGUCCAUGGUUGUUUGUAACAAAAUGGAGAUUGAUGAAGCAAUUAAAGUUGAAAUCUUGUCUGAAGAAGAGGCGUGGAACUUGUUUCGUGUAAAGGUUGGCAACGUCGUGGAUUUACAGGAUAUAAGAGAAAUAGCUACACAAGUUGUUCAAGAAUGUCAAGGUUUGCCACUUGCCAUUAUUGUGAUAGGAGGGUCCUUAAGGAAUAAGAGUGACCUCCGUGAAUGGAGAAGUGCAUGGAAGGAGUUGAGGUCAAAUAGGUACGAAAUUAUUGAUGAAAUGGAAGAAUCUGUCUUUAAGAUAUUGAAGUUCAGUUACGAUCUUUUAAAGAGCAACAAUAUAAAGAAGUGCUUUCUAUAUUGUGCUUUAUACCCCGAGGACUAUGAGAUACGGGAAACCGAACUUAUACAAUGUUGGUGGGCAGAGGGUUUCAUUGAUGGUGCUUUAAGCUUGGAUGAGGCAUAUGAUAAAGGGCAUGCUAUAAUAAAUUACCUAAAAGAUGUGUCAUUGUUGGAAGGAGAUGGCCUACAUCCAUGGCUAGUCAAGAUGCAUGAUGUGAUCAGGGAUUUGGCAUUGAUAAUCACAUCAUCAUCAGCAUCAUUGUCUGCUAAAAUGGUGCGAGAGGAUGGUAAUCAGUUCUUGGUUAGAACAAAUAUUGGAAUAGAAGUGGUCUCAAAUGAGGAAGAUUGGGGACAGUUCCAAAGGAUCUCAUUGAUGUGUAAUAAAUUGUGCAGUCUACCUAAGAACCCCACAUCCCUUUUACUAGAGACAUUAUUUUUGCAGGGAAAUCCAAAUUUGAGUAGAAUUCCAGAAUCAUUCUUUGAGCAUAUGCACAAUCUUCGAGUUUUGGACCUAUCAUACACUGCUGUCGGGGAGUUACCAUCUUCUGUUACGAAUUUAGUAAGCCUUCGAGGAUUAUAUCUCGUCCAGUGUCAUGAUUUGGUUACACUACCAUCUCAAAUAGGGAAUCUUAAAAAACUUCAAGUGCUUCAUUUAGGAGGCAGUACUGUUGGGUGUAUCGGCAAUUUUAGGUGCUUACCUAUUGAAAUUCAGCAGCUUACUCUCCUUAGAAGUUUGCAAGUGUCAUUUUAUGGAGGGAUAUCAAGUGGGAAUAGACUGAUGGUUCCUAAUGGGAUUAUAUCUAGGCUCUACCUACUUGAAGACUUGAGCAUAGAUGUAGAAACUGAAGGGCAUAAAUCUCCGAAGUUUGGAGAAACCAUUGCUGAAGAGGUGUGUAGCUUGAAGGAGCUAACUCAACUUCAGUUUCACUUUACAACAUUGGAAAGUUUUGAGUAUUUUCUAAGUGAAAGUUGUCCAUGGAAAAAUCAAAACUUGAAGUCAUUUCAGUUCAUUGUGCAUUGCAACAGUGAAGAGCAAUUCGACCCUAUAAGGAGUUCUGCAGAAGAUGCAUCAGUUACACGAUAUUUACGGCUGUUAGGAGGUAAUUAUACAUCCACUGUAUUUGCAGAGGUACUCCAACGGGCCAAUGGUUUCUAUUUACAAGGCCAUCAGAUUUCUCAAGGACUAUUGGAUUUUGGCUUGGAGAACUUAAAUCAGCUGAAACUAUGUGUUGUUGUUGAAUGCAAUAUGAUGGAGAUCAUCAUCAAUGGAAAUGAUAUAGAUAGUUCAACAUGUGCAGUUUUACCAAACAUGGAAUACUUGGAAGUGAGUACGAUGCCAACUAUGAGGGCCAUUUGGGAAGGGCCGAUGCCACCAGGAAGCUUCAGCCGUUUAGCAUGUUUGGGAAUCAGUAGCUGUGAAAAACUGAGAAAUAUUUUUACAAGGGGCAUACUCCAACAACUUUCAAACCUUGAAGAACUUCAUGUCAAUUUCUGUAAUAACCUCCAAGUAGUAGUGGAUGAAGAGGAAGAAGGUGGUCAUGAUGUUGCUCUUUUCCCAAAAUUGAAGAUUCUCACUCUAAAGCACCUACGCAGACUGAAAGGAUUUGGAAAACAGUUUCUUUUCCCAUGGCACCAUCCUUAGAAACGAUAACAGUUUCUUAUUGUCUAAAUUUGAAGCGUCUCCCUUUGAGUCUGGGGAUUCAGCAGAAUGGAUGUACUACCUCCACUCUAAGGAGGAUUGAGGGCUCAACCAAAUGGUGGGAAGCAUUGGAAUGGGAACAUGAUGAGAGCAAACAACUCCAACCUCUUUUCAAGUGCAAAUAGGGGGCAGAAGAGAGUUUCUUACUCUGGCAUACUGGGAAAAAAUUUUCCCUUCAUUUAUUCUUAUUGUACUCAUCGAAAGCAAAUGUUAUUGUAAAGAAUGACAAUAAAUAUACAUUCAUUCAAAGGCUAUAUCUAUAUAUACAAUCCAUGAAUCCAUCGAGAAAAUAUCAAUGUGUAGUGGAAUUUGAUAACAA